GUUUUUUUGCGUUACAUAAAUGCAUGCUAUGCCGAACUAUUGAGCGCUUGACUCUGAUUUUCUGAAUUCCAUUAUCUACCCACAAAGAAGGUAAAAAGGCAGUGUAAUCCGUGCAAUCUGCCGCAGGAGGCUCUUGAGCGAAAAUGGAGUCCUGGAAAAUUGGAAUGUUUCGGAAGAGUGGGAAGAAUAACAAGAAAAAAAUCCAGAAAAAUGGCUUUUACUACUUCAUGAUGGAGUACAAUAAAACGAAGCUUCAAGGAAAAUGUACAGAUUUUAGAAGACUGCAAGGAAUUGCAGAAGAAGAUUGGAAGUUGAUGAGCAUCGAAGAGCGUGAGCCGUUCGAAUUGAUGGCCAACAGAGCGAGAAACAGGUGUGGUCUAGAUACCAAAACUGAGCAGUACGGCAUGCCCCACAGUGACGUGUCGCAGACAAUUGAGCGCCAGAACGAAAUGAUGAAAUUGGCGCGUUUGGAUAUUGAGGAGAAAAUUUUCUCCCUUGAUGCUGCAACAAGUCUUCAGACAGCUGAAUUUUACUUUGUCCAUGCUAAUUCGCAUGUCCUCACAUCCAGCGGCAUUGUCGUUCCUUGCGAGUUGGCAGUCUGUAGGUAUAGCAUCAAAGAAGGAGUGAUGGAUGCGUACAGUGUGAUUUUGAACAUCCGCCCAAUCCCUCUUGGCUAUGCUGCUGACGCUUACCAAAACUCUGCCACCCUUCACAAGAUCCCUGCCCCAGCAGAAGGAUUAGGAGAGACUGAUGCUCGCAAGGUUUAUCGAGAGUUUCUGCAGUUCCUGAUGCCAAACAAGCCACUGAACGGUGAAUUGGAAGAUUUGGCUGACAUUCAGUUUCCCCCUGUUUACACUGUUCAUGGUGUUGCUGACUUGACAGGGAAGUGUAUCAAUUCUGUGCAAGCUUGUUGCAUGCCCUCAGCUGAAUCUCCUAUCCCUCUGCUAAACGUGUAUCCCAUCGAGUAUUUGAUGCACGUCAUCCUGAAAAACAUUAUUCAGAGCGUCAAACUUGGCAAUGCUGACAUUCCAGAAGAAUUGGAGGCUUGCCAGUUUGCAGAGAAUGAAAAUCUGAUCUACAACAAAUUUCAUUACGACUAUUACUCCCAGGCACCAGAAAUCGCUUGCCAGUUUCAUGAGGAACAAGAUUGCCGGGAACAUUGCAGCAAAUCUUGGUCGAUCAGAAUGAGUUACACCAUCUCUAAUUACUGCUGCAACUUGCUUGGAGUGAAGAGACAGAGGUGGAGGCACUAUGCGACAAAUAACAUGAACAUCACCAUUCGCACUUCACGCCCUAUUUUCCUAAACAGACCCCAGCAAGAGCUGCUGGAUGAGGAUCCUCUCAUUGAUGAAAAGCACUUAACAAGUGCUGAGGACCUUGCACACUUUGAACCGCCAGAUGCGGACAGUUUUGGGAGCGAAGUGAAACCUGCAAUUGCUCCAGCGGUUCCAGUUUCAAGAAAGCAAUUGCAUCCAGAUGCACCUCCUUUUCAUCCACCUGUUGCUCCAGAAUUCUCUGCUUCCCAAAGCAACUCUCGAUCAGUUGUGAAGAUGCCACAGAAACUAAGGAGCAUGUAUGAUGACGAUGAUGAUGACACAAGCAGCAUCAUUAGUUCCUCUUCAAUCAGUACUCUGAGAUCGCUGAAAAAAAGCCUUGACAUUGAUUCUGUCCUGGACCUGGCAGGGCACAAAGCCUCAAGCACAAUGCUCCCUGAAUCUCCGGUUAACACUUGUCAUAGAAGCGAGAUGAUGGGUCCGUAUGGUGUGUUUGAUAUGAAUCAGACUCCUGAGUAUGACUACAUGCGGAACAGGGCUGGUGCUAACAGAAUGGAGGAGCUUGAUGAUGAUGUCCAGUCAGUGGCAACCACAACAGAUUCGUUUGCAAGUGUGCCUCUGCAGCGAUACAAAAAACCAACCAUUGCUGUGACUAACAUGAGUAACAUUCUUGCCAAGCCUGUUCCAGAGAGGUCUUUGUACCCAGCGUACAUGCACAAGACUGAGCCAUUGAAUACAGAAUUCUCUUUGGAUGAAUUAAUUCCUGUUCAGGGUGGUCAAUCUCUUUCAUCAUACUGCACAUCAGGACAAGAAGAGGAUGAAGACGAGGAUGAGGAUGUGGCAGCAAGAAUUCUGACUCGCAUUGAACAACAGCAGGAAGCCAAUGCUGCCGCACAUGGCUUUGCCGCCCAAUGGGCUGUGCCACAUGCAUCUGAUGCGGCGUCUCCGUCGUUGAUGUCUCCAGCUGGCACUUACAUGCAGAAUCCACUGUUGCAACACCAUAGCCCAGUGCCUGCUGCACAGCGUCGACAAGGUAAUGGCUUUACCUUUGACGUUCAGCGUGAGCAGAAUGCUCAGCAAAUUCGCUCCGCUAUUGGCAGUGAGCUGAAUGAGCGAGUUGCAAUGGCUAAGAGGCAGUGCAUGGAACAGCAGGAAAUGCCUGCUGACGUUAAAUACGUCCCUCUUACACGUCCUGCAAUGCCCAUUAAAGUGCAGACUGUCAAAAAAGAGGAAGAAGAUGUGAAAGAUGUUAAACGUCUUAUCCAUAUCAAAUCUGAACCUUUUGUUCUGCUGCCUGUGAAGAAAGAGCCUGAAAUCAAAUAUGAGCAAGUUGAAUCUGUUAACAUUCGAAUUUGAAUGAUGCCACUUGCUAGCAGGUUCUCAUUUGAUUAAAUUGUUGUCAUAAUGUUUAAUUAUGGUUUUUAUUUUUCCAAACUGUUCGCAGGGCCUAACUUGUCACAUGAUGAUCACCAAGACAGUGCCAUUACUUUACAGCAGAAACUGUAUCGAAUGAGAAUCUGAUAGCAAAUGGGGAUUUGAGUAUGAUGUUUCUUAGCAGUUGCCUUGACUCAAACAUUUAAUUUAUAUGUUGCUCGUAUUAAUUCAUCUGCUCGCUUUGCUCUAAUAAAAAGUUUGAUUUCUAAAUAA